AAAAACAACGUGCCGCGAAAUUGUGGUGCAUCCCAGUCUUUCCAGCAGAACCAGCCAAGGCAGACAGACACUAGCAAUGCCUUCAGCUUCCCCCACAGCAGAAGCCAGCGAGCCCCGUGCCCGCAAGCGCCUCAUCGUCUGCUGCGACGGCACGUGGCAGUCGUCCGUCACCAUCAAGAAGAACGUGCCGUCCAACUUGACGCGCCUCGCCCGCUCUUUUGCCCGCGAGGAUGUCGUGACCGACGACAAGUCGGGCAAGGAGACGGUGUGGGAGCAGAUAGUCUACUACGACGCGGGCAUCGGCACGGGCGAGAUCAGCAAGGCCGAGAAGGACCGCCAGGGCGGGUUCGGGCACGGCUUCGUCGCCAACGUCAUCGAGGCGUACAACUUCCUCGUCCUCAACUGGUACCCGGGUGACAAGAUCUACUGCUUCGGCUUCUCGCGCGGCGCGUACACGGCCCGGGCGGUGGCGGGCCUGGUCAACGACAUUGGCGUCAUCUCCCCGCGCGACAUGCAGGACUUCCCGGAGCUCUACGCCGCCUACUCGUCGUACAAGGGCGGGGACAGCCACGGCUUCCGCAAGUCGCGAGAGUACAGGAGGUGGCAGGCGGGCGUGCUCAGCAAGCAGCGCAAGGAUCCGGCGACAGGCCUCGCCCUGUGGGACCAGAUCCCGCACGCGCUCGUGACCGAGGAGUCGCGGCUCGUCGAAGUCGUCGGCGUAUUCGACACGGUCGGCAGUCUGGGUGUGCCGGACAGUCCGUACUUCACGGUCGACGCCAUCAUGACUGGCAUCAACUACUGGUGGGGAGGCGAGAGCCCUGGCUUCCACAACGUCAACCUGAGCCCAUACAUUGCCAACGCCUUCCACGCCAUGGCCCUCGACGAGCACAGGGGGCCCUUCUCGCCCACCCUGUGGCAUCUGCCUCCCCCCCUCCCCGGCAUGUCCACCACGAACGGCACCAACGGGGUCAAGGUUAAUGGUACUGACCCGGCUGCCGCCCACAAGGCAGCCCUCGACGCCUUUGAGAAGCUGCACUUCGACAAACCGCGCUUCGACAAGGGCCAGGAGUCGCAGGAGGAGGAGUACGAGAGGCGCGUCGACGCGGCCUGGGGCAACCUGAUCGACUGCGAGAUGCGGCAGCUGUGCACGCGGCUGCACCCGUCCAACCUGCAGCAGGUCUGGUUCCCGGGCGUGCACAUCAACAUUGGCGGUGGCAGCGACGACGUGCUCGGCGACCGCGACGGCGACUUUGAGCAGAUUGCCCUCAUCUCGUUCGCCUGGAUGUGCGAGCAGGUCAAGCCGUUUGUGCGCUUCGAGGAGCGCCUGCGCAAGCGCUCCGUCCGGGACCGCAUGGCCCUCAUCGUGCCCGUGCUCGCCGAGAUCUCGGCCGGCGGCAACAAGGACUUUGGCUCCUGGGUCAAGCCCUUCUGGAAGGCCCUCGACUGGACCGGCGCGUACAAAGCAGAGACCAAGCAGAUUGCCCCGUCCACGGUGUGCGGCUGGGCCGAGGGCCCCAUCGUCGACAGCUACACUCUCAAGAUGAGGGCCACGGGCUCCAUCACGCGCACGCCAGGCGAGUAUUGCAAGACUCCGAAAGGCACAGAGCAGCACCAGCUGGGCGACACGCAGGAGUCGAUCCACCCGACCGUCGCAUACCGCAUGAAGAAGCUGGGACCGGAAAAGUACGACCCGGAAGCUCUCAGGAAUUUCAAGCGCGUCUGGGUCAAGGAGAACGAGAGGUGGGAGUGGCAAAAGGCGGGCGUGGUGGUGCCAGAGUUCAAGAUCUCCGAGAAGGCCAAGUUCUCGAGAUUCCUCGCGGCCAACUAUGUCAAGUACCUCGCCCAGGUUGAGCAGCUCAAGGCUCUCGAGAGGAAGGGCAGCAGCUCGGCAGCCCAUGCCGAGGAGCCCAUUGCACAGGACACGCAGGCCACAGCGUUCCUGAAGGCGACGGAAGCCGGCAAGGACUGGGUCAAGCCUUAGGUAGCGGUAGGCAAUUUCAUCGAAUGUUGACGAAUGUUGUACUCCUAGGCGAAACCAUUUCUCCACGGAUGAGUACUGAGAUGUGAGAACGAAGCCGAAGCAUUUCUACUUUCACGAGCUACGUACAGGCCCGCCUUUGAUGAAUGUACAAUGAUUGUCCCUAGACGCAGUUGU